AUGGACAGGAAGCUCUUCGCUUUGUCUUGCCUGGCUGGAGCUGUUGCUGUUAUUGUCUUCGUUCUGCCACGCUCCACUCUCUUCGUUUGCGAACCGUUCCAAUUAAGGCAGCCACCAAAAUUGGAAGGCGCAUUGGCAGUGAACGAUAUAUUGACGAAAGUGGAAUAUAUUUUAAAGGACAACAUCUCGGGCCCAGAGUCGAUCCUUGUUGACGGAGGCAUUAGGCUAUUUUCAGAAACAAUCCAAACGGGAACACAAGAUGGAAGGAUCCUAUCAAUUGAGGGAGGAGUCAUCCGGAAGGUGUUCAGAUUUGGAUCGAUUGACCCUGAACUAUGCGAUGGUGGAUUCGAUAGCGAAGCGAAGUGUGGUCGGCCGCUCGGCUUGCGCCGUAUGAAUGCUGAAAAUACACUUGCUGUGGAUACACAUACGGGCAUUUAUAUGAUUAAUUUCGCGAAAGGGCAGCAUACAAUGAUAUUACGAAGCGGAACUGAAGUGAAUGGGAAGCCUUUGAAAUUUUUGAACGACAUCGAAGUGGUGAACGAUGACGUACUGUUGUUCACGGAUUCAUCCACUAGAUGGGACCGGCGCUAUGUAAUGAACAUACUGUUGGAGGGAAUCCCCAAUGGCAGGGUACUGCGCAUGACACGAUCAACUGGGCAAAUUGAAACUGUUAUGGAUAGGUUGUUUUUUGCCAACGGUAUCCAGUUGUUUCCCGACAAAGAAUCAUUCUUGGUUGCUGAAACAGGAGCUGCUCGAAUUAAGAGGCAUUGGAUCGCCGGUCCAAAAACGGGAGAAACGGAGAUUUUUGUGGACAAUUUGCCCGGCUUGCCAGACAAUAUUCGUCCGGGUACUGGUGAGACAUUUUGGGUAGCCCUUGCAGCGGUGCGCCACAGCGGCAGGUUUUCGAUGUACGACUUUCUUGCCGACAAACCAUCGCUUAGGAAGUGCAUACUGCAGCUGAUCCCGGGACGUCAUGGGCAGUGGUUACUGUCACGGUUCAGGGUAAAACAUUCGUUGAUUAUACGACUGGAUAAGGAAGGUCGAAUAAUUCAAAGCGCACACGACCCAACAGGUGAAGCGAUCGAGCAUGUGUCGGAAGUGACAGAAGCUGGUGAUCAUCUAUAUCUGGGCAGUUUUGUUGCGCCAUAUAUUGCUCGCUUGCCGAAACACUUAACUGUUAUGUAA